CAGGCUAGCAGAGGACAGAGCGCCGAUCUCAUUCUCGUGGACGAAGUGGGCUUUGUCAGUUCUAAGGUGCUACUGGCUGUGCUACCAAACAUCGCGUUCAGAGGGCGAAAGCAAGUGCACAUUACAAGUCAUGUCAACAACACCCCGUGGCUGCACAGAGUUGCCGAUAUCCGCGGAGAAAAUGGGGAGCCAGCUUACCACGUAGUCACACAGAGCUUCAAGUGUAGGCGUCACGAGAGGGAGCCGGGACUGACGUGCGCCUGCCUCGGUGUGUACUGUCCUCAACACAUAUCCAUUGACAACCAUCUGAAGGAGCUGAUGAACAUGGUCACGCCAAAGGGAUUCGAGAACGAAGUCACGGGAAACAGCAUCACGUCGUCCACCGACACCAAGACUGACAACACCACUCCCUUCGAGUCCUCGGUCAUAAACAAGUUCCUGUCGAACAACAGUGUCACCCUGGACUACAUGAGAUGUGCCUCCGUGGUCAGAGCCUACCUGUGUCUCGACCCGACGUUCGGAGGGGGAUCUAGGUCCUGUGCCGGAGUGUGCUGUGCCGUGGAGCUGGCAGGUGGCAAUCUAGUGGUUAUGGCACUGGAGGAACUGGAGAUACGUGACUUGGACCACGUUACUCAAGCCUAUGCUGCUCUGCUAAGUGCUCAUGUCAGACUGCUGAAGCUUCUCAUGCCCAGAGUCAUGUGGAAAGAAAUCCCAGUGGUCGUAGUGUUUGAACAAAACACCUACGUCAAUGCCCUGGUCGAUGUAAAAAAUCUAGUCGAGCACUCGCUUGCACGUUCUGGAUUUAAGGUGUUGUUCUACAGCAAGUGGUCCUACAUCAACAACAAGUACAUGCUAGGGAAGCACGUGGGUGCAAAGACCAAACUGGCUAUGGUUCUCAGUACGGUGUCGGCAAUAAAUAGAGAAACACUGUACUACUGUGAUGUUGUUAUGUCCCUGGGAUGGGCAGUGUUAUCUGAGGCCAUGAGAAAAACUCACAUACUCGAAUCGAGCAUUGGGACCACACAGGGUGCAGGCUCAAGUAACAAGAUGGGCUCCAACAAGGAAGUGUUCAUGUACAGGCGCUCGCAAAGGGGAGUUAAUUUGGCCACAGAUAUCACGGCGAGUGUAUUGGAGACACGCGAUGUCAUAACAUUGCCUGAGUCUAGGCUUGCCGAUAAGACACAUGCACAGCAAGGGAAAGUUUUACUUGGUAAACUGAGAGAAGAGCUGUCAAUGGUCACUAUCACUGCAUCCGCUAAAGGUAGUAUGGUGACCACAGGAGGCAAGAAGUCUGUAAACUGA